UUAAUAUCAAUUCCAUUAAUUGUACGCGGAUUCGACGCUAAUAUGAUACUGCACAUCGAUUUCGAUGGAGAUAAUAAUUCUAAUAAUAAUAAUAGACAGUACAUGGAAAACUCAGGGGAUAAGUGCUGAAAAACGUUGACAACGAAGACGAGAUAAGUAUAUAGAUUCAGUCGCCGAUCAUUCGGAAUAAAUGAAUUUCAUUCAAAAAAUGAUUCUUCCAUGAUUGUUACCACGUCACGAAAAAUUCAAAUUUUAUUGAGAAAAACAAAGCUCGAAUAAUUGCAUUGUUCCAAAGUAGUUUACACUUGUUAAGGCUUACGCAACGAUCGGGAUUUGUCCGCACGAAACAUUUGAUAAAACUGUAAAUUAUUGUCGCAAAAUCCCGUACCAACUUAAUUCUGCAAUAAAAUGAGCAAAGAUUGGUUGGUGAUUGGAAUCGCAGGAGCGACCUGCAGUGGCAAAACGACACUGGCUGAGAGAUUGUCGAAAACGUUGAAAAAUUCGAAACUCUUGAAACAGGACGAGUACUUUUUGCCGUCGAAUGAUCCUCGACAUACGAGAGUACCGGAAUUGAAUCAUUUGAACUGGGAAUUGCUCACGAGUUUGGACAUACCGAGAAUGUUACGAGAAACGCGAGAAAUUCUUAGUGGCAAAAUUAUAAACCAAGAUGGGAUAAAAGAAGAACGUGGAAUUUUGAUACUGGAAGGUUUUCUGAUCUUCAAUUCCGAAGAAAUAGCCGCGUUGUGCGAUUUGCGUUUUUUUUUAGAUUUGAACGAGGCGGAAUGUUGUAAGAGAAGAAAAAAACGAACUUACGACCCACCGGAUGUGCCAAAUUACUUUGAGAAAAUUGUUUGGCCGGAAUACAUUAAAUCACGAGGAGAAAUUUUGGAGAAUGAACAGUUACGACGGAGUAUUGUUUUUAUAGACGGUACGAUAAAUGCCGAAGAAAUUUUUUGCCAAAUUUUGAAGGAAGUCGAAGCGCGCCUGUAGCGCUCGCCAUCGAAGAAUGAAUUUCAUGAGUUUAAGAAAUAAUGUCGUUAAAUAAAAAUCUCAUGGUUGAAAAGAAAA